GCGAAACCUUUUUUUUACCCAAUUCCUUAAAUAAAGUCUUUUGCAAAACAAGAAGAAUCGAGUUAACAAAGAUAAAAGAGCUCUCUCUUUUACUGAAGAAGUGAUUCGAAUUCGAAGAUCGUAUCUGAAUCAAUGGCCGAUAUAAUCUCCAAACCGAGCAUGGAACAACUGUACUUCUCCGUAGAUCCGAUGUCUCUUAUUCUCUCUCAAAACUCCGACACUCAUCAGCUUAAACUCUUGUUAGACGGUUUCUCCGGUUUCGAAAGAGGUCCAAGAUACGACGAGUACUCCAAACUACGCGAAUCAAAGCUUCGUAUGAAACGUGAUUUCCAGAAAUAUCUCGACGAAGAAGACGUAGAAGAGCCAAGGAUCAAAAAACAAGUCAGAUUCGAGGGCAAUUCGGUAAUUUCCCAAGAAAAAGUUAAGUUUUUGCCGGAGGAGAAGAAGAAACAGAGUCGGUUUGGGUUAUCUCCGAUGAGAAAAGCUGUGCCGUCUUCGUUGGCUCAAUCGGUUCCUGAUUUCUCCGCCGUGUUGCGUAAAGAGAAUCGUCGUCCGGUGAAUUACAACACUACUACUCCACCGGCUUCGAAGAGUAGAAACGGCGGCGUUUUGUCGGGAUCGGUUUCGCGAGGGAGCAAGUCGGCGAGUGCAGGGGAGAAGAAAAGUAAAGGGAUGAUGAUGAUGGGAAUGGCUCGUAAGAGUUACGCGAAUGUUGAGGAUCUUAAGAAAAUAUCCAUGGCGGCUGCUUCUGCUAUUAAUGGAAGCGGAGGAGGAGGUGGAGGAGGGAGAAGAGUCGGUGACGUUGGUGGUGGUGGUCGCCGGACUAUUCUUGGUUACAGACAAAUUUACUGAUUUUUUUCCAAAGCUUUGAUUUUUAUUCUUUUUCCCCACGAUUUAUUCUUUUUUUUUUUGGAUUUGAUUGUUGCUUUGGUAUUUUUUAUCCGUAUUGGUGUGUUGGUGAUUUAAUUUGUUUGUAAGAAAAAAAUAAACAUACAUUCUUGAUAUAAAAAUUUAAACUA